AUGGUGAAAUGGGCUAUACAGCUUGGAGAAUACGAGGUCGAGUUUGAGCCGCGCACUACCAGUAGAGCCCAGGCACUAGCGGAUUUCAUUCAAGAAGCAACAAGGUGGCCUAUGAGGGGACCGUGGGCAUCACAGGUUGAUGGGUCGGUCACUAAAGAAGGAUGCGGGGUGGGAAUCUACAUCACCUCGCCCGAAGGGGAAGUCUAUCAAUUCGCUAUCAAGUUUGAAGAUAAGUUAUCCAAUAACGAAGCCGAAUAUGAAGCAGUGUUAAGAGCAGCCCACAUACUCAGAGAACUCAUAGCAGACAAUGCGGUGAUUAAAACCGACUCUCAAUUGGUGGCACAACAGCUAACAGGAGGCUGCGGGGUAAAGGAAGAAAGAAUGAAACAUUACUUCGACAAAGUCCAGGAGAUUGGGAAGAAGUUUGAGAAAUUCGAAAUACAACAAGUGUCGAGGGAAGAAAACCAACGAGCAGACCUCCUGGCCAGGGUAGCCAGCGCAGUCGAACAAACUUGGAGCGAGGACAUUACCUUGGUGUUCGAGCCUAAAAGGGAGGUGGUGGCGCAGGUAUAUAACAUUGAAACCAAGGAUGACUAG